AAAUUAAAUUAAAAUAAUAUUGUAAGAGAAAAAAGAGGGGCGGGGUGAUACAUCCUUCUUCCUUAUCUUUCUUGUGUUUCAUUAUUAUUUCAUGAAAAUUGAAAAUUGUAAGAGACAGAGACAGUAAGUAAGCAAAAUGGUGUUGGUGGGUGUUUGCGGAAAAGCGGUGCUGUUUAGUAUUGGAGUCAGAGUGAGACCCAAAACCACCACACACUCUCUCUUUAUCGUUUCCAAUUCCACCACCUCCGCCGAUAGCCAAGACACCACAACCACCACGAGUUUCGGAAGACUAAAAGUCCAGAAAGUGAAGGCUCUCAUCCACAGAACCAAGCAAAACACAAGACGCGAACGAGUAUUAGUAGAAGAAGAAGAUGACCGCAGUACUUCUCAAAGACAACGACGUUCUCCUCCUCCUCCUCCUGGUUGGGGAGAUAAUAAAGUUACUCAGACUCAAUCAUUGCCAGAGGCUGAUACCAACUUUUUCAGUCUCAAGUCAUUUAAAGACAUUGGAUGCGCUGAUUUCAUGAUUCAAUCUCUCCAUAAACUCUCUUUAACACGCCCUUCCAAUAUACAGGCCAUGUCUUUUCCUCCCAUCAUUGCCCGAAAAUCUUGUAUCAUAGCUGACCAGAGUGGUUCUGGAAAGACAUUAGCUUAUCUUCUACCUAUCAUUCAACAUCUCAGACAACAAGAACUACUACUACAAUCACCUCAUCAUAAUUCACAAUCUCCUACUGUUCUUAUACUAGCUCCCACAUCAGAAUUAGCUUCUCAGGUCUUAGAUAAUUGUCGAUCCUUGUCAAAAUCUGGGGUUCCAUUCAAAUCUAUGGUUGUCACCGGAGGCUAUCGACAAAAAGCUCAACUCGAUAGUUUAAAGCAGGGCGUUGAUGUCUUAAUAGCUACACCUGGCCGUUUUCUUUUCCUCAUAAAGGAAGGCUUCUUGCACUUAACAAAUCUAACAUGUGCUGUGUUGGAUGAGGUAGACAUACUUUUUGGGGAUGAGGACUUCGAAAAGGCUCUGCAAUACUUGAUUAGUUCUUCCCCGGUUGACACACAAUAUUUAUUUGUGACUGCAACUUUACCAAAAAAUGUUUACAGCAAACUGGUUGAAGUUUUUCCAGAUUGUGAAAUGGUCAUGGGACCUAGUAUGCAUCGAAUAAGCUCUCGUCUUGAAGAGAUAAUAGUAGAUUGCAGUGGGGAAGAUGGACAAGAAAAAACUCUUGACACAGCAUUUUUGAACAAGAAAGCUGCUCUUCUGAAGCUUGCGGAGAAGAAUCGUGUCCCAAGAACUAUUGUGUUCUGUAACAAAAUUGAAACAUGCAGAAAAGUUGAAAAUGCAUUAAAGCGUUUUGAUAGAAAGGGAAUUCGCAUACAAGUUCUACCUUUCCAUGCCGCCAUGACACAAGAAUCACGGCUUGCUAGUAUGAAAGAGUUUACACGUUCUCCAUCAAAAGAAGUGUCCCAAUUUAUGGUAUGCACUGACAGAGCAUCGCGGGGAAUUGACUUCACUAGAGUGGACCAUGUAAUACUUUUUGACUACCCACGUGAUCCAAGCGAAUAUGUACGUCGUGUCGGAAGAACCGCAAGAGGUGCCAGGGGACAGGGCAAGGCAUUUAUCUUUGUAGUUGGCAAGCAAGUAUCCCUUGCAAGCAAAGUAAUGGAAAGAAAUCGGAAGGGUCAUCCACUGCAUGACGUACCUUCGGCUUAUGAGUAUUGAGAUCUGAUGAAGUAGGAAGUUGCUUUGAAUUGAUUGCUUGGAUAGGGUGCUCUCAAAUGGGACUGACAACACAAUAUUCUAAGUGAAACAUGCAUGGCAAAGGAUGAGAUCUUUUGGUAGUUCCAACAAAAUUCUAGGUCAGUGAAACAUGCAUUGCAAGGCUCAUCCUAGCAAAAGCAAGAGCUACAUUGAUUACCAGCACCUUUAGAUUGUCUUUGGGCAGGAAAUAUUUGUUCCUAAUUAUAUUACUUGCUAAUUGCAUUACCAGGAAUACCUACAAACAAUUAUAAAUAUGAUUAGCUAUUUCAUCCAGUAAAAAUAUAUUUUCAUGAAUAAA